AGCCGCUUUGUUUUCUGUCCCUGUGCAGUACCUGCAGAUGAAAUGGCCCCUCCUCGAUGUCCCCACCAGCGCCACAGUCAAGGACACCAGAUCGCCGUCCCCCGCACACUUGUCGAAUAAAGUUCCUGUUGUUCAGCACCCGCAUCACAUGCACCCGUUGACACCUCUCAUCACCUACAGCAAUGACCACUUCUCCCCCGGCUCCCCUCCCGCACACCUGUCCCCAGAGAUCGAUCCAAAGACAGGAAUCCCUCGGCCCCCUCACCCAUCUGAGCUGUCGCCAUAUUACCCACUGUCUCCCGGAGCUGUCGGACAAAUCCCCCAUCCCCUCGGCUGGCUCGUCCCACAGCAAGGACAGCCCAUGUACUCCCUUCCUCCCGGUGGCUUCCGGCACCCCUACCCUGCCCUUGCCAUGAACGCCUCGAUGUCCAGCCUGGUUUCCAGUCGGUUCUCCCCUCACAUGGUGGCUCCGGCCCAUCCUGGUCUGCCCACCUCAGGGAUCCCCCACCCCGCCAUCGUCUCCCCCAUCGUGAAGCAGGAACCGGCGCCCCCCAGCCUGAGCCCGGCAGUGAGCGCGAAAUCGCCAGUCCCAGUGAAAAAAGAGGAAGAAAAGAAACCCCACGUGAAGAAGCCUCUUAAUGCCUUCAUGUUGUACAUGAAGGAGAUGAGGGCCAAGGUGGUGGCCGAGUGCACCCUGAAGGAGAGUGCGGCCAUCAACCAGAUCCUGGGGAGAAAGUGGCACAACCUGUCCCGAGAAGAGCAGGCCAAGUACUACGAACUGGCCCGGAAGGAGCGGCAGCUUCACUCACAGCUCUACCCGACCUGGUCAGCCCGGGACAACUACGGUAAGAAAAAGAAGAGGAAGCGAGAAAAGCAGCUGUCGCAGACCCAGUCCCAGCCGCCAGCCCAGGAGGCAGAAGGUGCUCUGGCCUCCAAAAGCAAGAAGCCAUGUGUGCAGUACCUGCCGCCUGAGAAGCCCUGUGACAGCCCUGCCUCCUCCCACGGCAGCAUGCUGGACUCCCCGGCCACCCCCUCCGCGGCCUUGGCCUCCCCGGCCGCCCCGGCCGCCACCCACUCAGAGCAAGCGCAGCCCCUCUCCCUCACCACCAAGCCAGAGACCCGGGCCCAGCUGGCGCUCCACUCUGCGGCCUUCCUGUCAGGGAAGGCGGCGGCCACCUCCUCUGGCCAGAUGGGCAGCCAGCCCCCGCUCCUGUCCCGGCCUCUGCCCCUGGGGUCUGUGCCCGCAGCUCUGCUGACGUCCCCCCCGUCCUUCCCAGCCACGCUCCAUGCCCACCAGGCCCUCCCUGUUCUCCAGGCCCAGCCUCUUUCCUUGGUCACCAAGUCUGCCCACUGAGCUGCCCCCUGACCCAUGCAGGCUGUCACGUGACUCAUCGAGUAGUAAUGAUGCAGAAGAAAAGACAAAAAGGAAACUUUAUUGGUCAAUAUUUGACCACUCUGGACUGUUCUGUAAAGUGCUUAACGGCAGCACUUUACAUUUUGUAGAUGUAACCAGUAGCUGAACUUAAGGCUUUUUUAAAAAACAAAACAAAACAAACAAAAAAAA